UGUUUAUAUAAUAUAGAUUAUAGGUGUAUCGUAUAAAGUAUAAACUAUAUUGAAAUUUGAAAUUCCUUUUUACAAAUUCUAGUUUUAACUAUAGUAAUUGAUUAAACAACAAUUUUAAUCAGAUUAUAUUGUUGAGUCGUAACCUUUAAAUUUAUUAUUAUAAUGGACGAAGAAGAAAAAGUUAUAACAACCUCUGAAGUAGAAGAAUCACCUAAGAGAGGACCAACCUUAUCUACAAGUACAAGUAGUUUCGAACGUAAUGAUCCUCAUGAUCCGAACAUAAGUUUAUUAUCAACGAAGAUGUUUCAAAAGACAUCAGAUUAUUUAUUGGGAGAACUGGAUAUAACUCUGGAAGAUUAUAAAUUGCUGGAAACAAUGAAUAAAGCAACGACACAAAAAUAUGCUUCAUACAGGCAGCUAGCAUCCGAUGUUGGAAAUCAAAUCCUGGAAUUGAAUCAAAAAUAUAAAUUGUUAGAACCCUAUCUAGCCCAAAUAGAUCAAAUAGAAGACAGUGUUUCAAAAUUAGAGCAAGCUGCAUUCAAAUUGGAUUCAUAUGCCAAAAGAUUAGAAGCAAAAUAUAAGAGUCUAGAAAAGCGUCAGUGAUUUUUAUUGUACCUAUAAAAUACUGAGAUAAUAGCUACGGUAUUCUGUGAUAAAACAUUUAUGAGAAAUUUAAAAUAUAACAUUACCUAUUAUUCUAUACCA